AGAGGAAGAGUUUAUUGCCAAGGGGGUGAAUUAAAUUUCCAAGGUGGUGAAUUAGCAAGAUCAUUAUUGUUAUUCAAAAAAGGUAAUGUAUUAUCUGAAAAUGGAUUAAAUUCAUUAAAGGUUUAUAGAGCAAAUGCUUUUGAAUUAAAUAAAUUAUCUAUUACCAAAAGAUUAGAAUGGGUUGAUCAACAUUUUUCAAAAAUCUUAAAUUUAAAUUCAGGAUUAUGGAGAAAAGCUAAUGAACCUAUGUUAUUUUUAGCUUUUUGUUUUGAGUUACAAGGUUAUAAUAAGGAUCCAUUAAACUUUAUUUCUAGUUUACCAAUUUAUUUAGAUGCAAUAUGUAAUGGUGUACAACAUUUAGCUGCAAUGAUUUCUGAUUUUGAUCUAGCUAGUAAAGUUAAU